AUGGCCACGCAAGACCCCAAUGCUCAACCCAUAACUUUCGCGAAGCCGUCCGCGUUCUCGAAGCUGAAUCCAUUCAGCAAGAAGGCAAAGCCGCUCAAUGACAAGACGCCCCUAGUCACCAGCACCGAAACUCAGGUACUCGCGGAGGAAAGGAAGAAGCUAUUGAUCAUGAAGUACCGCAACAUGACUGAAGAGGAAGUAGACGCGUACUUGAUGGAGAAGGCCAACGGGGAUGGCCCGUAUCGCGAGUACAUCGAAGCGCUGAGCGGCUCCAAUCCUGGCCUAAAGAAAGCUGAUCCGAACAACUUGGAUGGUCCGCUGAUGAACGGCAAGGCGCUUGUCGUGCUCUUAGAUGCACCCAAUACUGGAGUACCUGGUUUCCAAACGACCGAAUUUAAGAGUGAAAAAGACCUUCGCAAACACUUUCAAACUACGACGCAUAACCACAACCGCCGACGUAUCUACGUUAUGGAAGGUUUGGCUCCUGAUUACAUCGCGACCGUUGGCGGUCACUUCUUCAUGGACCCUACAUUCUUUCAGCGCCAGGAGAGAACAUGCGUCUGGAGUAACGAUUUUACACCAGUAAGCGAUGCGUUGCCCCAACCUAGUUUGCUAGACCCAAAUCAGGCUUUCCAUCUCCAGUAUUGCGAGUUGAGGCAAUUUAACAAGGCGCUUGAGAAUCGAUAUUUCUUCUGUGAGCGAACAAGACGGCACGUUGGCAUGACAGCGUCGCGUCAGAAGGAGGAAAGCACGGUAGGGAUACUGCGACGUAAAAUUGGAUGGUGGUCUCGCAAGACUGAAAACGGAGGCUGGGAUGUUGUGAUAUUGUGUGAUCCUCAGCUGUUCCAUCUCUCUCCUGCGCCUAAAGAAGUUGUUCAUGGCGAUGGCACACUUCGACCCAUCGACAAUGUUCGCGAAGAACUUCGAAACGCACCAUUUCAGGAAGGCUAUGUAGAUUUUAUACCUCCUGUACCUUUUGACCAGAUUCAUGGUAAGAAAAAGCAUCCGCAUACGUCGAUGCUGCGCGACAUCCUCCACUAUUACCAGCAACACUCCGAUUUGUUCUCUCAAGACGAGUGGGCUGCGCCCGACACAUCAGCAAUCUUUCUUAAAAAGAUUGUCGCUGCGCACUAUCUCCAGCUUGUUGACUACAUCAAGGCAAUGCUACCUUCAUUGGAGCUUCGACUCACCACUGCAUGGGUCGAAGAACAGGGUCAAUGGAAGAGCUUACAGACCAUCUCACGUCGAUGCGGCAAUUACCGCGAUGAUAUCGAAGAUGCUUUACUGAGUCUCGGCUACGCACUAGACGGCCAGGUGAACAGCUCCGCUAGUUUGCGUGCGUUUACAUGGAAAGACUGCGAGAAAGACUUCCAAUAUGUCUACUUUCGGCUCAAGAUCCUGAAAGAGCGUGCAGAUAAUCUUAUGCAAGCCAUGACUGGACUGGCAUCGAUUGCUGGUAAUCGUCAGAAUCUAGAGGAGGCCAAACGAGUCAAACGACUCAACCUCCUUGCCCUGUUGUUCAUUCCAUUAGCAUACACGAGCAGCUUGUUCAGUAUGCAAGACAAUUACGCACCGAACCGAAGUGACUUCUGGGUCUAUUGGGUCAGCGCUAUAGGGGUUGUCGCAUUCACGGCUGCCAUCACGUGGGUCUUGGACAAUGCUCUGAAUGACGAGGCGCAAUGGACCUGGAAACCGAUCAGCUCUCUCAAGUUCUGGGACAAUGGACAACCCAUACCGGGAAAAGUGAAGAGGAAAACAACCAACCUCUAUCAACUAUGA